GACUCAUACCAGAAUUCUGUUCUGCUUGGUAGUUCCUAAAUCUUAUGGGAAAUAGUACACAUGUAUUUGGUAAAUGCUGAUUUAAUUAUUUUGUUGGGCGAUGAUACGGAAGCUCUGGGCUAGAGCAAUUCUGGCUUUUUGCUGGUGUGUGUGUGUGUGUGUGUGUGUGUGUGUGUGUGUGACCUGGAUAAGUCACUAUACCUCUUUCUCACUUUCCUUUUCUUACAGGGAGGUAACAAUCACACAAGGGUAUGAUGGAGUAUUCUCCAAGGAGUAUACUCAUGGAGUAAUUUGUAUUUGAAGAGCUGACAAUAUACCAAACUCACAGGUCCAGCAUAACAUCUCUCAGAACUUGAGCUAACUGACGACAAAGAUUUUUCUCUUCUUCUUCUCCUUCUUCUUUUUUGUAACAGCAGUGUCUUAUUUGUGUGGCUUAGAGGCAGCUCAAUAAACACUGUGAAUUUAUGAACCUUAUUAAGCAGAUUGCAUUCUUGGCAGACUACUGCCUCUUAAAUCUCUUUUCGGUGAUCCUUUUAAUACUUACGGCCAUCCCAUUUGCUGUGGGAGAAGUACUCAGGGUAUUUUCUUAGAAAUACCUACACUGAGAGGAAUAAUUCAGGUCUUCAGGGCACCAUUCCGCCUUUCCACUGAGGUGCGCCCCAGGCUCGGGAUCUGGGUCCCAAGGCUACAAGGGAAGAGUUCGGUUACGGGAAGCUCAUCUUCCAGCCCCGGGAUUGGUCGGUUCGCAUUCCACUCACGCAGCCCUCGGCUCUGAUUGGUCCUGGCGGCACCCCCUCGGCCCGCGACUACUUAGUGUGCCGGGGCGGCGCGCUCGGCUUCUCCAGCUCGGCUCGCGGUCUGGGGCUGGUUUGAGGUCGUUCUUCGGCCCACGGCUCUGCGUCGCGGGCGCCAGGAAGUCCCCGAGUCCGAGCGGGUUACUACUUUUUCUAUGACCCUGGUGGUGUUUUCAUUCAUUGCAAAGUGUUUUGUAAGCUGUAUUGAUUAACUGAACAACUUCAGCUGAUAAUUUUCAUGACCCAUAAGCAAUAAUACCUUUAUUUGGAAAUACCACAUGGUUUCAUCAGAUUCCUAUGUUCUAGGGGAAGAAAGCAGGUAGAACCCAUGGAACAAAGGACAGUUAAAGCUUCCUACUUAAAUUUCCAAGAAUAUCUUUGAAAGAUCCUAAAUCUCCAGAGGAAGAACUUUGAAAGAUCCACAGAGGACCACUAGAGAGACUAAUUUGUGGAAGUAUCAUGUGUUGAAGCAACAAAAAGAAGUCCUUGUACUGACUAGAAACAAAGUUACAAUGUUUUCAAUUCUUUGAGCUCCAGGAAGCCAGGAGAUUGAGUUGAAAGUCUGAAAAUGCGGCCAUGGACUGGUUCCUGGCGUUGGAUUAUGCUCAUUCUUUUUGCCUGGGGGACCUUGUUAUUUUAUAUUGGUGGUCAUUUGGUUCGAGAUAAUGACCACCCUGAUCACUCCAGCCGAGAACUGUCUAAGAUUCUGGCAAAGCUUGAACGCUUAAAACAACAGAAUGAAGACUUGAGGCGGAUGGCUGAAUCUCUCCGGAUACCAGAAGGCCCAAUUGAUCAGGGGCCAGCAACAGGAAGGGUACGUGUUUUAGAAGAGCAGCUUCUUAAGGCCAAAGAACAGAUCGAAAAUUACAAAAAACAGACCAGAAAUGGUCUGGGUAAAGAUCAUGAAAUCCUUAGAAGGAGGAUUGAAAAUGGAGCUAAAGAGCUCUGGUUUUUUCUACAGAGUGAAUUGAAGAAAUUAAAGACUCUAGAAGGGAAUGAACUCCAAAGACAUACAGAUGAAUUUCUUUCGGAUAUAGGGCAUCAUGAAAGAUCUAUAAUGACGGAUCUAUACUACCUCAGUCAAACAGAUGGAGCAGGUGAUUGGCGGGAAAAAGAGGCCAAAGAUCUCACAGAGUUGGUCCAGCGGAGAAUAACUUAUCUCCAGAAUCCCAAGGACUGCAGCAAAGCCAAGAAGCUGGUAUGUAACAUCAACAAAGGCUGUGGCUAUGGUUGUCAACUCCAUCAUGUGGUUUACUGCUUCAUGAUUGCUUAUGGCACCCAGCGGACACUCAUCCUGGAAUCCCAGAAUUGGCGCUAUGCUACUGGUGGAUGGGAGACUGUGUUUAGACCUGUAAGUGAGACAUGUACAGACAGGACUGGUAUCUCCACAGGACACUGGUCAGGUGAAGUAAAGGACAAAAAUGUUCAAGUGGUCGAACUCCCCAUUGUAGACAGUCUUCAUCCUCGUCCUCCCUAUUUACCCUUGGCUGUGCCAGAAGACCUCGCAGACCGGCUUGUAAGAGUCCAUGGUGAUCCUGCAGUGUGGUGGGUGUCUCAGUUUGUCAAAUACUUGAUUCGCCCACAGCCUUGGCUGGAAAAGGAAAUAGAAGAGGCCACCAAGAAGCUUGGUUUCAAACAUCCAGUUAUUGGAGUCCAUGUCAGACGCACAGACAAAGUGGGAACAGAAGCAGCCUUCCAUCCCAUUGAGGAGUACAUGGUGCAUGUUGAAGAGCACUUCCAGCUUCUUGCGCGCAGAAUGCAGGUGGAUAAGAAAAGAGUAUAUUUGGCCACUGAUGACCCUUCUUUAUUAAAGGAGGCAAAAACAAAGUACCCAAAUUAUGAAUUUAUUAGUGAUAAUUCUAUAUCUUGGUCAGCUGGACUACACAAUCGAUACACAGAAAAUUCACUUCGGGGUGUGAUCUUGGAUAUACAUUUUCUCUCCCAGGCAGACUUCCUAGUGUGCACUUUUUCAUCCCAGGUCUGUCGUGUUGCUUAUGAAAUCAUGCAGACACUGCAUCCUGAUGCCUCUGCAAACUUCCAUUCCUUAGAUGACAUCUACUAUUUUGGGGGCCAAAAUGCCCACAAUCAAAUUGCCAUUUACCCUCACCAACCUCGAACUGAAGAGGAAAUCCCCAUGGAACCUGGAGAUAUCAUUGGUGUGGCUGGAAAUCAUUGGGAUGGCUAUUCUAAAGGUGUCAACAGAAAACUGGGGAGAACAGGACUGUAUCCCUCCUACAAAGUCCGUGAGAAGAUAGAAACAGUCAAAUAUCCCACAUACCCUGAAGCUGAAAAAUAAAGUUUGGGUAUAUGUUAUGGACAACAAAACUCAGUUGGCAUCAUUUCCGCCAACCCUCAGAUGACUAAGCCUCAGAAGAAGUCUACGUGGGUAAAUGACAGAUACCCUUGGCAACAAGAGCAACUGGGAACUUUCAGCUGUUAGACUGGUGGAAUUCCUCUUUACCAGGGUUCUAAUGCCCUCACAUCCAGUACAGUAAUGUACUUGCAUAUACCAUGGGAACAGAUUAUUUUCUACUUUUCCCCUUCUUUAAUAUUAUGUGCCCAUGAAAGAAACACUGCCACAUUAUAUAAUUUAAGUGACAUAGACAUUAUGUGUGAGACUUCAAACAUGGUGCCUAUAUCUGAGAGACCUGUGUGAUUCACUCCGAAGACAGGAAUGGCUCCCUCCUGUGGGGAAGUUCAUUCUUACUGGUGGUGGUAUGGCUAUCGAAAGAACUCCAGCCAACAGAUUCAGAAUGAGAAUGGAUUUUUUUUCCUUUAUAAGGUUGUUUAGAUUUUUUUUAAGUAAUUGCAUCAAUUCAGUUCUCCACCUAAUCAUUAAUAAGUGAAGGAUACAUCAGAAAAUAAAAUAUUCACUUUCCAUUAGGAACUUUUGUAAAACAAUGCCAUGAACAAAUUCUUUAGUAUUCAAUGUUUCUGGACAUUCUCUUUGAUAACAAAAUAAAUUUUAAAAAGGAA